AUGGAUAAGGAAAUAAGUUUAGGUUGGCACGAGCUUUACGAUUUUUAUGUAAAGCAGAAGAAUUUAAUACCUGAUGAUAAAGUAAUUGCUCAAUAUGACUUGUUGAAAGCAAAAGUGCAAAAUGAUCAUCAUCGAGUUGAAGAAAUUGUACUAGAUAAAGAUAUACCCAAGCUUCUGGUAUUGAUAGAGUCACUGCUGGAAAAAGAAGAGUUGGAGAAAGAGUUGAAACGGUUGGUAAUUAAGUAUUACUGGUCUGGGUUUACUCUAGGGCAAGCAACAACAGCAACAACAACAACAAGAAAGUAA